AUGGAAAACUACGCCUCUGAUGACCCAGGUCCAGCCUUCCUUAUCGGUCACCAUGAAAGUAACCGAUCUAUGGCCGUGACCACCGAUACCAUCUUCAAGGUUCACGAAUCUAACUAUGAUAUGUUGACGGCACCUAUCACAACCCCUCACUUUCAUUCACGGGUCUUGGGGCUGCUCUCUUCUUAUCUGUCCAACCUCCAGUCACCAACAUAUGACUCCAUUGGGACUAUGGGAACGUCUCAGAACACCCGAGUGAUUAGUAGCUGGAUUGACCUGUGCUCGCCAGAUCCUUUGAUCGCAGACUUGUCGCGCCAGGUGCUGCUUUUGGAGGUUGCAUACGCCGCUUUCUGUGGUAUUGGGUAUCUUUUGGUCCCUAGCCCCAAACUACACCAUGGUGAUCUUCAUUCAGAGGGUGUGGUUUACUAUGCUCGGGCUAUUCAGGAUGCGAUCAACCUUGGUCCCUACAUCCAGUUUCAUAUCUGGCUUCAAAUGACUGAUAGCCCCGAGUUGGAGGUUGAUACGAUUGGAGAUUUGGCUCCCCUUGCCCGCGCAGAAUACCUGCUACCCGAAGAAGGCGUGUCCCCAAAAUUGGAUCUCUUUGGUACUUGGGAUGCCUGGGAUUUGAUUCGCAAGACUUGUAAAUACCAUACAAGGUUGCUCGUAGCCCUGGUGAUGCCAAGACAGCUACCCCCUCUGACCGUGCAAUCGCGCUGGCACUCGGAACCCGUGCAUCUCUUGACCAUUGAUGGCUCAUGCUUUUUGAAAAACCAGAAGGGAUAUCCGGUUCUAUCCAAGGCCCACCAGUCUUUGAUUGCAAAGAUGAUGCGUCUCCGAACCGUACCUUGGAUCCUUCUCUGUGACGUGGGAUCCAUUCCUGGCAUCGAGGACACGGAAGUGGAUGGGGACGAGGAAAAUAAGUCUCCACUCUCCGGCUCCGAGUAUCCCAGCUUGUCUCAGGUGGCGGGAUCAACCAAGAAGCAUUUUGAUCCCACCCCACAUCUCUCCUAUAUUCGGAAUCUGCAACAGCGCCAACCUGCACGAACCCCCAUCGAGCGAUUUGGCGUGGGGUAUCAAGAUUAUUUGCAGGCUCCUUUGCAACCGCUUACUGUCAAUUUGGAGAGUAUCACUUAUGAAGUUUUUGAAAAGGAUCCGAUCAAAUAUGAAUGGUAUGAGCGUGCAAUCACAAAGGCACUAAGAGACUGGGCCGAUCAAAAGAAGCCAACAUCUCACCCGGAUGGAAAGGUGAUUCUUGCCGUCGUCGGUGCUGGGCGUGGACCACUUGUGACUCGAGCACUCAAGGCCAGUGAAGAGGCUGGGGUUGAACUUGAUCUAUGGGUCGUUGAAAAGAACGAAAAUGCAUUUGUUUUGUUGCAGCGACAUAACGAGACUACCUGGGGUGGCAAGGCCACAUUGGUCAAAUCUGACAUGCGGAGCUGGAAAGGACCGCUUGUGCGGCGUCAAGCAGGAGGAAAGGCCGGUCAGGACCUUGUCGGUGAAUCGUUGGGCAUCGAGGACUCCCUAUUAUAUGACCCGAAGAAGGGCGAUAAUGACCCCGGUCGAGCAUCUGAUGUACCCGAAAAAAAUGCCGCUGACCUCUCGUACACCCACGUCGACAUAGUGGUUUCUGAGUUGCUUGGGUCGUUUGCCGAUAACGAGCUGUCCCCUGAGUGCUUGGAUGGAAUUAACGAUCUCAUCAAUCCUGUGCAUGGAAUUUCCAUUCCGGCUUCAUACUCGGCCCAUUUUACGCCAGUCUCAGCCCCCAAAUUGCACUCAGAUGUGAUGAACCAGACCGUCUCUAACCCGGCCGCCCCGGAGACGCCUUACGUGGUCAUGCUACACGCUAUCGAUUUCCUGUCUUCGCAUGAAACCCCGAUUAACCCUGAUGCCGGAAGCCAAAACCCUACAAAUCGCUCUUCUGGCUCAAGCGCACCCAUUACGGCCACCGAAUUUCAAACCCCUUUCGUCCAAACAGCAUGGUCCUUUUCUCACCCGAACCGGAACAUUCCAGACCAAGCGCCAUCCUCGUCCACCAUCUCAAAUGCCCACAACGUACGACAGACCCGUCUGUCAUUCCCUGCCCAAAACCGCGGUGCAUGCCACGGCCUGGCUGGGUACUUUGAAACCGUUCUGUACGGAGACGUAGAACUGUCUACCAAUCCGGUAACCAUGGAAGAGAAGAGCGCUAGCAUGAUCAGCUGGUUCCCUAUAUACUUUCCGUUGAAGACACCCUUGAAUGUCCCUGACAACGGUGAGAUUGUUGUCACAAUGUACCGUCAAACAGACGACCGUAAGGUCUGGUAUGAGUGGAUGGUUGAGGUUUUUGCCCUGGAGCCUACCCCCGCAGCAGCGAGCAAGCGUGCCGUGCCGAUGAUGAGCGGCGCCCAGUCUGUAUCACCCAGCGUUGAAAGCCUCAAAAUCAAGGAAAACAACCAAAGAAGACCUGGAAGCACACCUGGAUAUCGUCGCGUGCGGGUUGGCAUGAGUGACCUACAUUCAAGCAUCAAGGAUGGCUGUCUGAUGUGA